UUUCAAAGCCAAACAUUGAAAGCAAUGAUGAUCGUCUUAGUUGUUUCUCACGUGUUAUAUUUGGUCUUUGUUAGGGUGGAAUCUUAUGAUGUAAUUUCUUCUCUGUCACCCAAAAACUGUAAUGAUUCUUCUUACUUUGAUUCACUCUCGCAUAAAUGUAAGAGUUGCGGGAUCUUUCAAACUGCUUCUCGUGACCGUUUGAGCUGCAAAUGUGACGUUGGGCGUUACCCCGGGUACAGUGAAAAGACGAAGUCAAUUGAGUGCGUUUCAUGCGUACAAUCAUUUCAGUCGGAUACGUGUUUAAAAGACAAUAUCAACUGUGAAUUGUAUGACAUAAAAGUCUUGCAAGUUAUUGGAAAUACUACCAUUGCAAGAUGUCUCAGAUGUCCGCUAUGGCACCAGCCUGACGCUAGUAGAUUAUCGUGUAUACCUUGUUCCGACAAGUGUCAUUGUCCUGGUGACUAUGAAGACGUGAAUGGAACAUGCGUCAAAGAUUAUUUUUCAUUUCCCGAUACGCCAAGCAUCUUUGCCCACAAUUUAGAUGGACGUACGUACACAUCCAAUUAUUUGCGAGAAUGGGUUCGACCGGCUGCUGCUAAGUGCAAGGUCGAAGGCGGAGGAAAAUAUUGUGAGCAUUUGGCCAAUAUAUGCGUACUAACGGAUUACAACUAUGAUUCCCAGUCAGCGUGCGCUUUCUAUCGACAGUUAUCUACUGGCUUUAGCCACUCCAUCUACUACGACGAUAGUCAAGGCGAUUACCUUUUAAAUUCAGCAAGAAUAAAUAUACUCAAAGAUCAAACGAUGGAAUUUGUGGUGAAGCAAUACGGGUUAGAUGGUACCUAUCAACUCAUUCAACCUCUUCGUUCGGUUUUUACGUCAUUGUGCUGCACUGGCGUUUGGAAACAAAUUCAAAGAAAUGCCAAUAUUUAUGAAAGCUGCUCCCUUCAUCUGAAAACUGCAAGCAUAGCAGAUAUGCGUUUUUAUGAACUUUAUUUCGUUGAUCUAGCGGUUAAUCAGUCAAGGUUGAUAAACGUUCCAGUGAGAGUGCUAAAUUUUCUUCGUGGCGGAGUCCAACGUAAUAAGGAAAAUGAUAUUUCUCGUUGGCAACUUACGAAGAGGUUCUUCAACUUUGAUGUGGCGAUUGGUAGUAACCAAGAUGAGAACAUUGAUUUCAUACGUUAUUUGUCUUCCUUUACUAUUAGAUUUUCUGUGGUACAAGGCGAAAAAUCCCUCGGGUUACGUUCACUUUAUGCAACGAUAAACUACGAAACUGUGGGCAGCCUUGAAAAUCGAAAACCACCUUUGGUUUACUUUGCGGUAAAAAAUGUCGUCAGCAUGGACGAAGCUAUGAAAUCUCUUGAGGUUGCACUGAGUGUACUCAGCUCCUUUGGGGCUCUUUACGCUUUAAUACGGAUUGUCGUAUGGUACAUACGUUCAGACAAGGCAACGAUUGAUCUUCUGACUCUGAUCCGUUUGUUAAUCUACGGAGCAGACAUCUUGGGCAAUGUAAUUCUAACAGUGGUAUUCUUCUUUACUUUCUACUGGUUCAUAACCUUCCGGCAACAAGAAGAGGUGACAGUAAGCCUUCCUGCAGCGCAAGAAGAGCAAUUCAUCAAAGAUCUCGUUAUCGGUGCUUUCACUUUAAAAGCUAUUAGUGUACUAUGGAUGACCGGCGAGCAGUGUACCGUCGAUAUCUUUUUGAUCGAUUGGGAGAGUCCAAAACCAACGAAAGCUGAGGUUGUUAGCGUUUGGAGGAUGUUCUUCGUAGCCAACGAAUGGAAUGAACUCCAAGUGGCUCGUAAGAGUUCCACGUCUCUCCAGGUUAUCCUAGUUCUACUGGCUCUCAAGGUUUUUCAGUUUGAGCGCUUUGCUUUAGAAACUCCAUCUACAUACUUUAUGACGGAAACGUUGUUAAAUUACAGUACAGUAUUACGUCUAGCGCUUGGCUUGUUCACCUAUCUUAUCAUCGUCCUAGUGCAAAAUGUCUUGAAUGCUGCCGUCUUCGAGCGUUAUUUUGAGAAUAAGGUACAACGAUUUACUGAUGUCUGCACACUUUCGAAUAUUUCGGUUUGGGUCCGAGUAUACCCUCGUUACGGCUUCUACGUUCACGGAAGAUCACCGCACGGUUUUGCUGACAUCGAUAUGCCAACUAUGUGUCAACAAUUGCAGCGUGAAGAAGAAAAUUUAUGUGCUCAACGCGGUCUUGUCCAAGGACAAGACACUCAAACAUUUUCCAUCUUUUUCCACCAUGUUCUUUUGGAUAAAUGGCGGAAAUUUCAAACCAGUCAGGUAAGAUGCUCAAAUUGUGUUUUUAAAAUGUUUUUCAUUGGCACGCCAUUUUACAAUAUUCGUUUGAUUCAGCCUAGCGGUACCAACACUACCUUCAACGUGCGAAACCAGUUUUUAACAUCUUUUCUAGACCACGCUAUAAGAGACGUUGACUACGAAGUACGUGAUAGACAUUUUUUGGAAACCAUACUCGACAUGGAAAUGUGGUGGAAUAUGACGUUCAACGAGCGUACUGUAUUUUACAACGACGGAAGAAAUUGUUUUGAUUCGGUGUUGUUCUACGGCAAUGAAACAACUUUGGUGAUUUUCGAACUGGCUCUCUUCGCCUUGGUAGAUAUUUUUUGUCAUUGCUACCUCACUGCCGCUGUUACCGUAUUUAUCGUCUAUAAGGCACUUCAAUUUCUCCGGUAUCGUUUUGGAAGGCGGAACUUAGCAAAGAAAACCAUGAUCGAUCCUCGUUUCUUAUUUUAAUAAUUUUAUAAUAAUUCCAUCUUUUUUUCUUUUUUUUUUAUUUUGUUUUCGUCUUUUUUUAUGGCUGGUUAAUUGGCUUUCAAUUGGUUUUUUUCUAUUAAAAAAAUCAUUACGAUAAGCUCUUUCACAAUAAACUGCGCAUGCAUUUUCCUGGAAUAAAAGAACUUUCUUAU